UACGAAAUCCUCUAAAUCCCUAGCCUCUCCAUCCUACUUAGGAAUCACAAGAAAUUUAAGAUUUCUCUGUAGAGAUAGAUGGCACCGAAGGCAGACAAGAAACCAGCUGAGAAGAAACCCGCGGAGGAGAAGAAGUCCGUUGCUGAGAAGGCUCCUGCCGAGAAGAAGCCGAAAGCCGGCAAGAAGUUGCCUAAGGAAGCCGGUGCGGCGGCUGGUGACAAGAAGAAGAAGCGGACGAAGAAGAGCACAGAGACCUACAAGAUCUACAUCUUCAAGGUGCUGAAGCAGGUCCACCCUGACAUCGGGAUCUCAAGCAAGGCCAUGGGUAUCAUGAACAGUUUCAUCAAUGAUAUCUUUGAGAAGCUUGCACAGGAAUCCUCCAGACUGGCUAGGUAUAACAAGAAGCCCACAAUUACGUCGAGGGAGAUCCAGACUGCUGUGAGGCUCGUGCUACCUGGUGAGCUUGCUAAGCACGCGGUGUCUGAAGGGACUAAGGCUGUGACCAAAUUCACCAGCUCUUGAAGCGUUGUUGGCCCGGUGGUUGGAAUAUCUCUCUCCUGUGUAUGUGUGAUUAGGUUUAGAAAUGUCAAGACGUAGGCUAGGGGUUUAGUGUGAUGUGUACCUUUUUCUAUUACUGAUGUUGUUAGGGUUUGUUAUGUCUUCAAUUUGGAUCUGGUUGGUCCACAUGGCUAUGGUAAAAUGGAAUACAGUUUCGUGAAAUUUGUGCAGUUUGUUGACAA